ACGACACAGGAAGUGUCGCGAGCGGAAACCGCGGCUGGACUGGAGCUGCGGGGCGGGGAGGGAGGGCAGGGCAGCGGCGGCGGCGGCGGCGGCGGCGGCAGCAGCGGCGGCAGCGCGGAGCGAGCGAGAUGUGGAAAGCCUCGGCAGGACAUUCUAUAUCUGUCAGCAAAGACGAUGGAGGCGCUGACGACUGGGAGACUGACCCUGAUUUUGUGAAUGACGUCAGCGAGAAGGAACAAAGAUGGGGCGCCAAGACGGUGCAGGGGUCGGGCCACCAGGAGCACAUCAACAUUCACAAGCUGAGAGAGAACGUGUUCCAGGAGCAUCAGACCCUGAAGGAGAAGGAGCUGGAGACGGGCCCCAAGGCCUCCCAUGGCUACGGAGGGAAGUUUGGUGUGGAGCAGGAUAGGAUGGACAAGUCAGCCGUCGGCCACGAGUACCAGUCCAAGCUCUCCAAGCACUGCUCGCAGGUGGAUUCCGUGAGAGGCUUCGGGGGCAAGUUCGGGGUCCAGAUGGACAGAGUCGACCAGUCGGCUGUGGGCUUUGAGUAUCAAGGCAAGACGGAGAAGCACGCGUCGCAGAAGGAUUAUUCCAGCGGCUUCGGCGGGAAGUACGGCGUGCAGGCCGACCGUGUGGACAAGAGCGCCGUGGGCUUCGACUACCAGGGCAAGACGGAGAAGCACGAGUCCCAGAAAGACUACUCCCGAGGCUUUGGCGGCAAGUUCGGCCUGGACAAGGACAGUGUGGACAAGAGCGCGGUGGGCUUCGAGUACCAGGCCAAGACGGAGAAGCACGAGUCCCAGAAAGACUAUGUAAAAGGGUUUGGAGGCAAGUUUGGUGUGCAGACAGACAGACAGGACAAGUGUGCCCUGGGCUGGGACCAUCAGGAGAAGGUGCAGCUUCACGAAUCCCAGAAAGAUUAUAAGAGUGGUUUCGGAGGCAGAUUCGGGGUGCAGACCGAGAGACAGGACCCGUCUGCCGUGGGGUUCGAGUACAAGGAGAAGCUGGCGCAGCACGAGUCCCAGCAAGACUAUUCCAAAGGAUUUGGCGGGAAGUACGGAGUGCAGAAGGAUAGGAUGGAUAAAAAUGCCUCAACCUUCGAAGACAUUUCAAAGGUUUCAUCCGCGUACCAGAAGACCCUGCCCGUAGAGGCUGCGAACAGCAAGACCAGCAACAUCCGAGCUAACUUCGAGAACCUGGCCAAAGAGCGCGAACAAGAGGAUCGGAGGAAGGCCGAGGCCGAGAGGGCCCAGAGGAUGGCCAAGGAGAAACAAGAGCAGGAGGAGGCCCGCAGGCAGCUCGAGGAACAGGCCAGAGCCAAAAAGCAGACUCCGUCUCCCUCUUCCACUCCUCAGCCACAGGCCGACGAGAGGCCUCCCGCCAGCCCGGUCUAUGAGGAUGCUGCGGCCUAUGAGGCUGAGCCACGGUACAAAGGCCAUUCCCCAGCCUAUUCUGAGCCAGAGCCAGAGUCCACCGAGUAUUCCACUGUGCAGUCAGACUAUCAAGAGGCAGCUGACCAGCAGGACCUGGCACAGGAGUCUGAAGCCGUGUAUGAGACAGCCGAGUCCCUGGCUCAAAACCAAGCAGAAGAAAAUACUUAUGACGAAUAUGAAAAUGACCUUGGGAUCACAGCCAUAGCCCUCUACGAUUAUCAGGCUGCUGGUGACGAUGAAAUUUCCUUCGAUCCCGAUGACAUCAUCACCAACAUCGAAAUGAUCGAUGAUGGCUGGUGGCGAGGCGUGUGCAAAGGCCGCUAUGGGCUUUUCCCAGCCAAUUACGUUGAAGUGCGACAGUAGAGAGGACGGUUUCUCAUCAAUGCCUUAAUGCCAUAGUCUGCAAACCCUGAUUUCUACACUACAAAAUCAUGCUUUGGGGAGGAUGACGAGGGGGAGAUACUCCAUAUUGCUUUUAUAUUUAAUACUUUUGCUGAUGCUCUGAAGAAUGUUUAACCCUCAGAAUUUGCUAAUAUAUUAUAAUCAUGUUUCCUUGGAGGACUCGGGUGAGGGUGUUGAAGCAUUUACAGCCUUUUCCUUUUUGCCAAAUCAAGUGGUUGUUACAAGAAGCCGUGCCCAGGACCUUUUGUUUUCAGGCGGCAAACUGUGGAGGCCUUUGUAUCGGGGAGUGGGGAGCGGCCAGACAGAGCCACUGAGGAAGCCCUUCAUCCCCUGCUGCUGGCAGCUGCAGCGAUGACCUGCCGCGGGUCUCACCGGGGAGUGUCUGGUUCCUUGGAGCCGGAGGGGUCACUGAAGAACUGUGCAGCCUCGUCACAAGGCACAUCCCUCCCCCAGCUUGGACCCUUCCUUUCUGACCGUCUCCACAGGCGCCCAAGGACGGAGCUCUGAGUUUGGGCUUCUUUUGGUUUGUAGUUGUCAUUUCCGACCUUCUCCGCCCUCUUCGCAGAAAUCCCAGCUCCGGGAACCUGCCCGUCCUUCUGCUUCCUUUAGGAUCAGCUCGUUCCUGCAGGUGACGCUCUUCCUGCCCCCCGACCACUCGUCUGCCUCAUCAUCUUUUCAAUGAGGCUGCUGGGAUAUGGCCGUCGGAUGAUGAUGGAGACAACGAUGUUCACCCUUUGGGGCUGACGUCUCUCCUAACACGAAAACCUCCAUAGAGCAGCAGCUGCUGGACAAGACUGCUGGGUGGUAACCAUUACAGCCUGGGGUGUGUGUGUGUGUGUGUGUGUGUGAGACGAGAGACGGACAGACAGAGGGAGGCUCAGUCACCCUACUUUUCUGCCUGUUGAGAGGGGUGUGUGUGUGUGUGUGUGUGUGUGUGUGUGUGUGUGACACGAGAGAUGGACAGAGGGAGGCUCAGUCACCCUACUUUUCUGCCUGUUGAGAGAUGUGUGUGUGUGCGUGUGCAUGUGUGUGUGUACGUGUGCGUGUGUGUGCGUGCGUGUGUGUGUGUGUGACACGAGAGGCAGACAAACAGAGAAGGAGGCUCGGUCGACCUGCUUUUCUGCCCCACAAAGGCAGUCACCUCCCUGAUCUGUUCACCAGACUGCCCUUCCCACUGUUGCUCCUUUCGCCAACACCAUGCCAUGGGUUGACAUGAUAACCUCAAAGAGAAGUCUGUGUCCCUACCAAAGACAGCAGUGGCUGCCCACGGCCAUGUGAAUUGGCUGUUGUGGUCAGCUGUGCUGGCCCAGCAAGACUGAGGAAGAGAAGCCGCUUCGGAAUCUCAGCAGUGUGGACCAACACAGUUGGGAGUGAGCCGCGAGGUGUGUAGAAUCUCCCUGAAAUCCUUGUAGAAACGCCUUGGUUCUUUGGGAUGAUCCUCCCGCCGUCGAUGUCACAUACACAUCCAGUCCUUCCCCCGCCCAGUUUUCCUUUCUGUAUUGGUCCAGCUGGCCCAGGAUUGGGCUGGGUUUUGUACUCCCUUUAUUUUAUCCUCCUUUGUCUAAGACUCUUCCUAGGUAGGAUUUUUUCGGUUGAUGUUGUUCAUUAAGUAUUCAAAAUAAACUUUUGGAAUCCCGUG